AUGGCGCAGCUCGCGUGGCCCGUCACGGCGCGCGAGGCGCUGGCGCUGGCGCCGGGCGACGGCGGGCACCAGCGCCACCGGCUCUUCCUCUGCAGCUCCGACGAGCUGGCCUACGACGCGCCCCCGCGCGCGCUGGCCGCGGGCGAGGCGCUCCAGCCGGGUCAGCUCUACUUCGUGCUCCCCGCCUCCGCGCUGCGCCGCCCGCUGUCCGCCAACGACAUGGCCGCGCUCGCCGUCAGGGCCGCCACGGCGCUCGCCGCCGCCGGUGGCUUGUCGCCGCGGCGGGGUAAACAGGCCGGGACGACGGCGGCGGGCAAGCGGCGUCGUCAGUCGACGGCGCGAGUGGCUCCGCUUCUGGUCGCCGUGAGCAAAGAGAGCCCGCCUGAUGGUGGGUACGCGGCGCGUCCGGCGGCGGUUCAAGACGGUGAACGCACGGUGGGGAGGACGAGGAAGGGAGCUGCUGGUUACAGAACAGGCGGUUCUCGCCAUCGUGCCGCCGUGCAGAGGUUGAGCGCUAUCGCGGAAGACGGCGAGUGA